GUGCGGCAUUUCUCAAGCCAGAGAAAGAGAAGGAACCAACAACAAAGAGCAGAGAGAAAGAGAGGACCAUUCCAACCCUAAUUUCUCUGCUAAACCCUAGUUGUUUGGCAUUUCCUCUCUUCUCCCUCGUAAAUCUUCUCCCAUUCCCUCCGGUAGCUUUCCAGAUCCAAAUAAAUCAUGGUUUUCUGGGUUUUUGGCUACGGUUCACUGGUGUGGAACCCUGGAUUCGAUUACGACGAGAAGAUUAUUGGUUUCAUCAAGGACUACAGACGCGUGUUUGAUUUAGCGUGCAUUGAUCACCGGGGAACGCCUGAAAACCCAGCGAGAACUUGCACAUUGGAGGAGAAAGAAGGGGCUAUUUGCUGGGGAGCUGCUUAUUGUGUUCGAGGAGGCCCUGAAAAGGAAAAAUUGGCUAUGCAGUAUUUGGAGCGACGGGAAUGUGAAUAUGACAGAAAGACUCUUGUAAACUUCUUCAAGGAAGGAGAUUCACUGCAUCCUACUUUAACUGAUGUAAUAGUAUUCACAUCUACUCCAGACAAAGUGAACAACAAAUACUACCUGGGACCUGCUCCACUUGAAGACAUGGCUAGGCAAAUAGCAACUGCAUACGGCCCUUGCGGAAACAACAGGGAUUACAUUUUCCUUCUAGAAAAGGCCAUGCAUGAUAUUGGCCAUGAGGAUGACUUGGUGAUAGAGCUUGCCAAUGAAGUGAAGAAAGUACUUGGAGUGGGAAAUGUAGUACCAAAGGAGAAGAAACAGGUUGGAGCAGCACAACUUCCACACCCUCCUCAUGUGCCAAUCCCUACCCUUCAACUGCUCCCGCUGCCAGAACCUAUUGCUUUGGAUAGCUGACGCGGAAACUGACGCUGAGUUCGGCAACUAAACUGAUUUACUGCGGACCCUACUAACCCUAAUUCAAAUUUUAAAUAACAUCACAUAUAUUCCUCUUCGCCUAGUUUUAGCGGCUUCUUCAGCCAUUCCCUUGAGAUAUUGCUUAAAUUCAGUGAGGCGCAAUAUUUUGAAUUGGAAUGAAUGUUCGCAGAUGUUAUAAUUGAAAAAGUUCAAUUUUUCUAUUUAUUUCGUUUACGGCAAUCUUACAGAGUUUUUUUUUU